CGGGCAGACGUAAGGGCAGAAAUUUGAGAUUUGAGGGAGUGUACAUGCUUGAUGCUUGUGCUUCCAUCAUCGAUAUCCAUUCUAUUUCAAUAUUUUCUUUGAUUCUUUCGCAGAAAUUUGGCUUACCCUUUACCUAAUCCCCAUCCUUCUUUAUUCUUUAUUCGUUACGAUAACCCAAAAGGAGGAGAGUUUCAAGCUCCUCGUUAUCCGUUCGUCCUCGUUUUAUUUUUCUGUUGACAAAUCAAGGCCGCUCUUUCGGUCUUUCCUCGAUUCCUUGAAAGGGUUUGGGUUUGGUGGUAUGCAAUCGAUGGGUCGCGAACCCUCGUUUCGUAGUAAAGCGGUUCACUUUGUAUCUGAUCUCACUACUGUUCUGCUCAAUCCAAUCUCUGAUAAACCAUCGAAGUUUCAUGAUGUGACAGAGUCAGUAAAAAGCGAACAAGCAUCAGAUGAGGAAGAGGACUCAGGGACUCCAGUUGAUGGCCCUGAUACAUCGUCUUUUACAGCAUUCCUCUAUUCUCUUUUGUCAUCUCCAGAACUGGGGAAUCAUCCACAUGUGGAAGAACAAAACACACAUGAUGCUGAAAUGGGUGAACCAGCAACUGACUUGUUAAUCAAGGGAAAUAUUGGAAGGAAAACUUUGUUUUCUAGGGGAAAACAAUCACUUAGCAGAGUAAUGUACCAAGCAGCAAGGUUGAGUGGGAACAGGAAUCAAGCCCCAGAGCACAAGGAUGAUUAUAAUAUGAAAAAUGAUGAUGGAAACAGUUCAAAACUUGUUGGGCUUGAGUUGAGGCCUGUGCAGACUUCAAGAGAGGCUGUGCCAAGAGUUACUCUUCCAGAUAUUUCUGAACCUUCAAUGCUUCUUUCAGAGAAAACACGAAGUGCUCUUUAUGUUUCACUUCCGGCACUUGUUCAAGGGAGGAAAUGGGUGUUGUUAUACAGUACCUGGAGGCAUGGAAUAUCACUUUCAACCCUAUACAGGAGGAGUAUGCUUUGCCCUGGUUUGAGUUUGCUGGUUGUGGGAGACCAACAAGGUGCAGUAUUUGGUGGUUUAGUCGAGGCACCACUCAGACCAACUAAUAAGAGAAAAUAUCAGGGGACAAAUGAAACAUUUGUUUUUACAAAUACAUCUGGGCAUCCAGUUAUCUAUCACCCCACAGGUCUGAAUCGUUAUUUCACUCUGUGCUCAACUGACUUUUUGGCAUUGGGUGGGGGUGGUCACUUUGCUCUUUAUCUGGAUGGAGACUUAAUGAGUGGAUCGAGCUCAUCCUCAGAAACCUAUGGGAACUCCUGUCUUGCACGAUCUGAAGACUUUGAAGUGAAAGAGGUUGAGUUGUGGGGCUUUGCCUAUGCUUCUAAGUAUGAAGAAACACUUGCUUUGUGCCGGACUGAGGUGCCUGGGAUUUGCCGGUGGUGAGUCUUCCCAUGAGCACGAGGUGGACAGUCUCCAUGAACAUGGGGUGGAUGGCAUUUCAUUGUGAGGAUUGAUAAAUCAAGCAUAAUGGGUCCGAAGAACUGUUGUACAUGUAAAUAUCUCUGUGAUUACUACAUACACUAUUUACCAAAAAAAGUGAUUACUACAUACACGUUAUCUUGUAUGAAUUGUACAUAUUUCUGAGAGUUUAACGUUGUCUAGCUUACCAAUUUUGGGUACGAUUUGGAUUGUGACUGUGUAGAAUGUAAAUAAUAGUGCUAAUUAAUUAACUCAAGCUUUCCCAAUGUUAGCUGGAUCG